AUGGAUAUUAAAAAUUAUCAAAUUCAGUGUAUCAGAUGUCUUGAUCAUGACAACUUAGUAACAUAUUUAAAUAAUCAUGAUUAUACGCUUGAAGCUAGUAUAUUGAAUCAAACUUUAAUCGAUGGCAGAGAAUUUUUGGAAAUCACAGAAACAGAAUUGUGUCAAUACAAACUGAAUCGUCAACAAGUUGAGCUCAUUUUGAGCUGCCGAGAUUACAUAUCGGGCAAAAAAUCUUUGAAAAUGAACCGAAAGUCUUCGACAAAAAAUAUGUUUUUGGAUGCCAACCAAAAGGUCUCAGAACCAGGUGGCCAAGAGGAAAAUAUUUACAUGGAUAUGAACAAAAUCGUGGUUCCAGUGGUAGCGCCAAAACCAAAACGUGCAAAAUCUUCACGUCAAAUGAAAUCUCUUCAUAGCGAUGAAAGUAUAGGUACUUUUAAUAAAAUGGUAAGCGUUGAAGAUUCAGAUUAUAUUGAGGCAGAGCAGCAAGGUGAUAACGUUUGCUAUCAGAAUUUAAAUGCUGUUAUUAUGAUUGAAAUGAAAGCUUAUUAUGAAAAAGCAAAAGCAUCAGAAUCUGAAGUUGAUGCCUGGCAACAAACUAAUAGAAAUCAAGAAUUAGCCAAGCAGACUGAUGAGGAUUAUCCAAUUCAACAAAAAGAAUCAUGGACCAAUAGAAGAUGGUUACCACCGCCUCAAUUUUCAGACCAUAGUGCUGAUGUACCGAUAAUUACAGAUUCAGGCACUUUUCCUAGACCUCCGCCUUUAGUGGAAACUGAUCCAAACCACAUUAGGUUAGUGAAAGAUUUGUUAAAGGACUACAAAGUAUCACAAAAAAACUGUCCAUAUUACCGCAACACUAACCGUCAAGGCGCCAAAGACCUUCUAAAAAGAAUCCCAAACCCGAAAGACGGCCUUUUCCUAUUCCGAAACUCGGAAGAGUACUUUUUGGUCAUCACCAUUUACCAUUACGAGGGUUUCUGCCACUUGGGAGUGCACCGUAACGGCAACGGCUCAAAAUUAGAAACAAAAACCAUCCAUCCUAGAAGGAUACAAAUCCAAGGAUUCGAUUCUUACAUAAACAUUGAAGAUUUCAAAGACGCCUCUGAUUAUAAAGGAACACGAGAGAAAUAUCGAACAAGAAACAUUAAAAUCCCGGAAGGCAACAACAAAACUUACGUUUGUUCGGUGAUAGCUUACUGGGCAGUCAGUCUGACUCUAGAACCAACUGUAAAAGAUUUUAAAAUAAGUACCAAUGAUAAAGAAUGGGGUGAUUUUGGUGACGUAGUUAUUCAAAUCGAUUUGAAAGAAUCCCAAGAAGAAUUAUCGACGACAUUUGCUAUACAAUUCAAGGAUGUCUCUAAUAAUGUUAAAAGCGUUGAUUCAUUGGCAGAAGGUAGAUUCGCUUUAGCCAAAAUCCUGUCCCAAAUCAACUCCUUCAAACAACGCAAAGAUGUGGAAAACAAAAAAUUCAUCAUAUACACUACAGCUUUUGCCGAAGCCAACAUCGAAAAACAACUAACAAUAAAAACUGACCUCCUACACAAAUCAAACGAUUGUCAAUGCAAAAACCUUCCUAAUGAAAUCACAAUAGUGUCAAAGACAGUAAGCAAUCGAAAAAAAAUGUUUGUCAACACCUCAGAUGACAAUGCCAAUAUCUUCUUCUACUUCACCAAAGAUAACAUACACACUUUACCAAAAAUCUACCUCUAUACGCAUCAAAAAAAGCAAAAACAUUUCGGAAAGUGGAUCGACGAUCUUGUAUCUAGUGCAAUUUACGGAGACACAAAAAUCGACAUUCACAGGGAAUUUAUUAAAUAUAUCAUUAAUUGGAACGAUGGUAUUUUAGGUGGCAACUACAAACUUAAAAAAGAAGACAUUUUAGUAAAACUUGGGCAUCUAUUGCUUUAUGAAUUCAAAGUACCUCCUGUUAUUAAAAGGACAGAGAAGUUGAACUACAAAAUUUGGCAAAACGCUGUUCAAAGUGUUGAUGUAACAAUUCUACAAAAACAUCCAGUGAUUAUAGGAAAAGUUUGCGAUCCAAUAAAUUGGAAAAUUGAAGCAGAAUUAGAUUUGAAAAUUGAUACUUUUACUAGUUCCAUUGACCUAGAUCAAAGUACUAUUAAAAAAAUCACAAACCCUGUUCUCAAGAUGUAUUUAUUUGAAGAAACUUUAAGCGACAUUGAAGAUGAUGUGCCAAUAGAUUUAGUCUAUGAUUUUUUCUGGAAAGCUGGCCUAAUUCCAUUAUUAUUGGAAGUAAAAGACAUUAAAGAACAAGAACAUGUUUUAAAUGUUAUAAGUUUAUUGAAGUCUUUAGGCCUUAUUAGACGAUAUCUUUUAAUGACUUCCAACAUUAAAACAUCUUUAAGAUAUUAUAGAACAUUAGAUUUUUUCGUAAACGUAGACGAUAUAGCUAAUAAACUUCCGUCAAUUGUAUUCGACAAAGUCAAAAUUCAAAUCACAGACAAUUUUUCGUUGAGCCUCAAAACCAUUCAAGAGUCAGACACGUUUUUCCAAAGGACUAUUCGAGCUCACGAAUUUUUUGACAUGUCUUUGGGACGUUACAGCUUCAAACCUUUCGGCAAUAGUUUAGCUAGAAAAAUUGGACAAGAUACUCAGCUAGUGUUAAAACAUGAAACCAUGAUAAAGCUAAAAGAGGAAAUUGAGAGUUUAGAUGAAAUAAAAAUGGUGCUUUUGAAGUAUGAAAAUAAGGGCGAUGAGGGGGAUAUUGUACAAUUUUUACAUGGGGUUAAGCCUAAUUUGUUUAGUUGAAUAAAAUUUGUGAUUUUUGUGAAA